AUGCUGAGUGCUCCAUCCUUUAACAAAUCUGAGGCUUAUACCUCUCGUUGGCUUAGACUACUUUGUCUCGGGGGGGAAAAAGAGAACAUCUUCCGAAGAACCUCCAACAAGGGAAAAAAGUGCAGGGAAAUGGCAUCAUCCAGCUCUUACAAUUCUCCAUGUGCUGCCUGCAAAUUCUUGAGGAGGAAAUGCAUGCCAGGAUGCAUCUUUGCCCCUUACUUCCCACCUGAAGAGCCUCAAAAAUUCGCAAACGUUCACAAAAUUUUUGGUGCUAGCAAUGUGACCAAACUCCUCAACGAACUCCUUCCUCACCAGAGGGAGGAUGCAGUGAACUCCCUCGCCUAUGAAGCAGAGGCACGCGUGAGGGACCCAGUUUAUGGCUGCGUAGGAGCCAUCUCUUUCCUGCAGAGACAAGUUCAAAGGCUCCAAAAGGAGCUUGAUGCUGCAAACGCUGAUCUGCUACGUUACUCUUACACUGACAUCCCUCCAGCAUCUCUUUCUGUGCCACCAGGACUUGCUUCAUUUCAACAAGUACCCCAAAGGCAGUUUACUGCAAGAUUUGGUAACGAAGGAACUGGAUUUUAUCGGCAAUCUACUACAACUACUGCUUAUUCCUUUCCUUAUGCUCUUCCUUGGACUGACACCUCUUCGGAGGACAUCAGUGAGGGAGGAGUGGGAGGAGGUAAUUUGUGA